AAAUGUUCUCUGGAAUUAAAAUUAAAUAAAUUCCAAGUUUUCACCGACAAAUUUGACAUAAUUACCUAAAAAUGAACAUCGAAUACGCUAAAGACGCUUGUGACGAUUUAUUGGAAUACAGUGAAGAUUUUCAAAUAAUCGAUGCACAAAUCUCAUCGUUGAUACCAUUAGAAGAUGAGCUUGCUGAUGAAACAGAAAUUUUCGAUAUGACGUCAUUGGGAACUUUAGUAUUUUUAGAGCAACGGUCAUAUAAACAUGGUUCGACAGAUAAUAAUGAAGUUUAUAUGUACAGUUCGGAUGAAGAUAAACGUUUAACUUUGGCCUAUGAAAAAUUAAAAACAAUUCCACAACCGUUAAUUGAUCGCUUUGCACUUGCUGUACAUAGUUUGGAUAUUAGUCAUAAUGAAAUCAGUAAUGUUGAUUUUCUCUGCGAAUUCAAAUAUCUAUCAUCAUUAGUCGCAGAUCAUAAUGAAAUUACAUCGGAAACCGUAUUUCCACACAUGCCACAAUUGGAAUUAUUAUGGCUAAAUCAUUGCAAGAUUCAACAGCUUUAUCCAUGGGCACGCAAACUUCAACUUUCAUGCCCAAAUUUAAAACAUUUAUCAUUGAUGGGUAAUCCGGCUGCACCUUCCUACUUAAAUGGUGGAUCGUUUUACGAUUAUCUUCAAUACAGAUUAUUCAUAAUAUCUCUGUUUCCAAAAUUAAUCCAUUUGGAUGAUAGACCCAUAACAACAGACCAAAGGAAUGAAGCUGAACGAAUUUAUAAACAUGGUACAAUACGUAAGAAGAUUGAAACAAGAGCUUUAAGUGCCUUACCAACAAUGUUACGGGAACACGCCUCGAUAUUAUUACAAAGUUAUAAACCAAUUUACGAGCGAAAUAUUCGAAAUUCUAUUAUUUAAUUAAGUUAAAACUAACACGAUGCCGCAUGCCUUAUUUAUCAAAAAAUUCAUGACAAUACAGUAGAUUAUCUUAUUAAAUCGCAUUCGAGGACGCGUAUUACGAGCAAUUUAACGACGACAAAUAAUCAAUUUGGACGACACUAUAGCUUGCCAAAAUCAAUCCAGUUACUUGUUCAUUAAUUACUCACUUUAUACGAUCGGUACUUAAUUAUUUGUUGACACGGCGAGUUCUUCAGCCAAAAAAAACUGUCUCGGUUGAAUUGAUUAUUUUUAAAGCGCGUAUAAGAACACUGUGAAGUAUCGGCGUUCAAGCCCCUCUUUUCCACUGGACUCUCUGGGUAAUUGUAGUUAACGCCGUAUCGAUAACUAUGAAAGAAACAUGACGUAUUAUACUUUUUUUUACUUAUUUACGUAUUAUAAAAUUUCUUUCAUAGUUAACGCCGUAUCGUCAAGUUCCUCUUUCCACUGGACACUGGGAACUUGUCCAGAGCCCUACGAACGAUGGAGGCCUCAAAACCUCCUUAGUGUCCCUUAAAACCGAUCCAGUUGCUUGUUAAUUAAUUCACCAUUUUACA